GAAGCACAAUGUUUGAUGUCAACAAAUGCCGAAUGCACAUGUCACAGAAGCACGCUGGCGCGAAAUCACAGAUAUUACCCGUCAACAAGGAAUGUUAAUGAAAUGUCACAGUUUGCAACUAGAUAAAUAAGUGAAAAUGGGGUCAAAGGUGAAGCAGAAGCAUCUGCUGCUGCUCCAGAGGAAGGUUGGGGAGAAGAUGGAGGCACUCCGAGAACAGCAGGACAUCCUUCAGUCCUCGAUUGCACAGUAUGUUUCGCAGGCAGAGUCCUCAGCGGAGAACCUGUUGUCGAUAUCUGACCCGAACCUGUUCAUGGAACGCUACGUAGAUGUGAUGCAGGACUUGGAUCGAUGCCUCAACACCUGCACGCUGCUCACAGCCACUGCCGAGGACAUGAUAGAAAGCACCUCCAACAAUGAGACAACAUCUGUGGAAGAGUUCGUCAAGCCGCAAACCAUCUCAUCCUUUGAAACACAAGGACAUGACCGGGAUUAUCAUUCCACCUCCAAGCCGUCCAAGGACGUAGAAAGUGAUAAUGACGUAGAACCAAGAAGGUCAACUGAAAGAGUCCUUGAAAAUGAACGUCUAUCUAACUCGGCCAUUUCCUUAAAACUCACAAAGCCCAAUGUAUUGGAGGAAUUAGACAUUGAAAUUGAUGGAGUGACCACCGAUGAACAGGGGAAGAAGAACAAAGGAGGUAACUCUGUAGCCUUGGAGAAUAAGGGAGACAACCCUGUCCGUUACAGUACACAAGCUGGAUGUAGUGAUGGUGCUGUGGAUAUGUCAUGUGAAAGAGAUUCUCACCAGUUAGAAUUGUUAGCACAAGUAGGUCAUGUUGCUGAUGUGACAACUUUAGAUCAGGCUGGAGAUCAAGGAACAGUCCCCAAAGCUGAAGCUGAAGAUGUUCCAGAGAAAGCAUCUGACAAAGGUCCAACAAGUGUCUUCACACCAAACACACCUUACAGAUCAGUUGUUGGGGGAGCAUCAUUUGACUACGGACUUGGUCCAACCAUCUCACACUGUACACUCACCGUCGGACCAGUCAUCCCCGUUAUCGUCAGUGAGAUAGCGACGCCCUGGUCCUUCUACGUCCAGCAGUAUGGCUGUGCACUUGAAAAGCUCAGGAUUGAUAUCAACCAUUACAUUUCCCAACUGCAGCCAGGGGAGGCAACUCUCAGUGAUCCUCAGACGGGCAUGUUGUGUCUGAGUCAGUUCACGGACAAGUUCUACUACAGAGCCAAAGUCAUCGAAGUCCGAGUCAAUGAGGCUGACAUGGACUGUAACGUCAUCUACGUGGACUAUGGCAACUACGAGUGCGUCAAGCCAUCCUCGCUGCUGCAGCUGCCAGCCAGUCUCUCCACCCUGCCGUCACAAGCUAUAUUCUGCUCCCUCUCAGGGCUGUGCCCAGUCAACAAGCUGGGUGUCUGGACGGAAGAUGAAGUGAACGGUUUUCGUCAGUUUGUGAAUGGUCAACAGCUGAACUGCAAGGCGACAUUUGUCAGUCCCUACCAGACUCUUUCAUUCCCACACCUGGUUGAGCUGCAGCUCACGAUCCCACAGACAGACAAAGACGGCUGUGUGCUUCUCAGUCAGCUCAAUCUGGCAGCCCUGCUGGUGAGGCAGAACCUAGCCAGACCCAUCCCUGUGUCAGAACAGAUCGCUAAAUUACAGAACCUGUUUGGUGACCUUCCUGUUCCAGGGUCGAAACAAUCGUCACCACGGAAACCGAUGAAGAAGGAACAGGAGUCAAAGAUUCCAGAAAAGAAGGCGCCGGAUGUGAUUGUAGAGAGCAGUACUGUUGUGAAUCUUGAUUCCGUAGAUAAUCCCAGCUCGGGUGAUGCAACAAGACUUAGUACAUAUUGUUCAGAUGAAUCUGUCGAAGGUGCUGUUCAAGAUAAUGCAGGUAGGAAAGGAACCAGAGUUAAAGGUAAAUCAGUGCCGCAGUCUCCCAGGACUGAAUUGUCGGCUCCUUCCAUAUCAGACUCAAAGAAAUAUUCCAAGAAGAAUCAUUCCAAACCAACUCAGGAUAAAUGUUCACCUUCAAACCUGUUGUCUAGUGAUCCAACCAAUGAGAAAUCUGAAACCGAAUCUCCAACAAAGUCACAGACAUCAAGCUGUAUGGAAGGGGAGACAACUUCUUCCGGCGUGACAGAUCUUAGUCUGAAUCCAUUAUCUGUAGAUUUAUCCAGUGGCCAGACUGAAGAAUAUGAGGUCAUGAUGGCCCAAAUCAACUCCCCCAACGAUUUCUUCGUCCACAAGAUGACUGAAGAUGUAGGGAAAGACAUUGGACAGGCUGAUGAAAGAUCUGAAUCUCCACUUCGAACGAAUGUCCCGAAAGAAUUUAUACAAACUCUACCGUAAGUUUUCUCCUCAGUGUAGAAGCUUAUGUUGUGCACAGUUCUCCCAUGACAACAACUUUUACAGGGCAAUGAUCCUAGAGAUAACGGAGGUAGGCGAUUCCUAUUCCAGAAGUAAAACUGACAGAAUAGAUAAGAUCUGUGUUUUCUAUGUUGACUUUGGGGAUGAGGAAUGGUUGCCGAAGAAUAAAGUGUUCCCAUUGCCGGAGGAGUUUUCCACGUUACCGCCGCUCACGCUUUGGUGCUCACUGGCACACGUUCAACCAGUGGACGGUGACUGGACAGAGGAGAGUCUUCAAGACUUCCAUAGGCUUGCAGGGGUUGAGCAGCGGCUAUCAUUGGUUGUGACUGAAGGGCGAAUGCCAGAAUGUAA